CCCAAUGAAUGAAUCAGAGAAUAGAGAUUUUCACUUUGGAUUCCUCUAUCAGGACUGUCUAUGAAGGAAAGUGUCCAUACCAUCAACCAAAGGCCGAGUCGAGUUCAGAUGUACUACGUAAUAUGAGAAAAUCACAGAUCCAUAACUGAUAAAUGAUGGAUGGUCAUAGUACUUAUUAUACACAACCAAUGUUCACUACAGACAAUUAUGGACCGCCUGGAACGUAUCCUGUAAAUCAGUCCUCUACUUGUGCCUACCAGAGACAUAACCUUCAGGGACCUUAUGGCGGACAGACAAUGACUGUAGUUGAUGAAGCUUUUCAUAAUGAAUCUCAAAAUGGCAUAACACAUCAAUUACCAUUAGUUGGAAUGCAAAACAUGCCACAGAGACAUUCACAAGUGGCAAACACAACACCGGCUCAUAUGCAAAAUGCACAUCAACUAAACAGUUCGUCAUUACAAGUGUCUAAGCCGCCACCGGCGCAUUCUCAAAAUGUUUCCACUACGGCUCCAACAGGUGUGAGCCAGACAGGAAGUAAUAAUCAGGAUAAUUUACAGUUUCCUUGGAUGAAGACGACGAAGUCUCAUGCUCAUCAGUGGAAGGCACAGUGGCCAGGGGCACAGUUCUCAAUUGAAGAUGAAAACAAACGAACACGAACAGCUUACACCAGAGGACAGUUAUUAGAACUUGAGAAGGAAUUUCAUUUUAACAAAUACAUUUCAAGACCUAGAAGAAUAGAACUUGCCGCCAUGUUAAAUCUUACUGAGCGACACAUAAAAAUUUGGUUUCAAAACCGACGAAUGAAAUGGAAGAAAGAUGAAGCAAAACGAAGACCACGACCACAGUCUUCAUCGGAAUCAAAGAAAAAUAGCCCCGAAUCUCCAGACUCUCCGUCUUUAACUGAGUUAUCUCCCAUAUCAAACUGUAGUAAGAUUUCAUCUCCGUCGCGAAGUGACGUGGAAAGUCCAAAAACAUUGAAACGAGAAUCGUUAACGGAAUUGAAAAAAUCAUCUGUGAAACAGGAUUCAACAUAAAAUCAACUGCUAGAUAUUAGUGUCAUAAAUUAUAUUCAUGUUUUAGAACAACACACCGAUUAAUUCAUUCCGUGGAUUUUUCAUUUUCUGUUCGUUUUUUUUUUUCAUUAUGAUUUAAUAAGACUGUAUUUUUUAUAUUUGUUGUUUAUUACUGCCUUGUGUCAGUUCACAUAAUUUAGAAAGUCUAUCGAUGCUUGCCAAACUGUUAGAAUCUAUGGAAGAUGUCGUGGAAACUUAUAUGUAAAGGAUAGAUGUAAAUGGAACUACAUUAUAAACCUCACUGUAGACAAAAGCUUAUCAAAUAUACCAGACUUAUAAUUUUGUAAGUGUUCCGUUUUCAUAAGACUCGUCAGUGGCGCUCGAAUUGGAAGGACAAAUCAAAUGAUUAUGAAGUUGUAGAGCUUUAACUACCAAAAAUUCAGAAAAGUUGUGCUAAGUACAGCUCAGGCAAUCUAAGUCGGUGUUUGUCAUAGCAGCCAAGUCUGAAGCCAGCAAUUGCUAUGUAAAAAGGGAGUAAAUUAAGGUGCUAUUUCGCAGAAUUCUUUUUGGAAAUAAGUUGAAACAUUUCUUAAAGAUAAUUUUAACAUCAGAUUAUUUUUACAUGACUCAUGAAGUCUAAGUCUUCAAAAUAUCGAAGGUAGGACAAAAAAGAUAUUUGAAACCUUCAACAACAAUUGUUUUUUUAUUU